AUGAUCAAGCCAACCACGGUUCAUGGAGGUGGAAGCCCUGAGCAUGAUAGGCCUCAGCCCGAGGAAGCAGGGGGCCUUCGCUCAGCAUCACGUUUCCAAGGCCCGUCCGUGCGGUCAUGGCAUCUGCUUCAUCCCUCGUUGGCUGAACACUGUUUUGCCGAGCGGCUGGACCGUGGGUAUCACCCACGCGCCAUUCGUCAGUGCUGGACACCCGGGUUGUCCCCGCUUUCGGUUAUCGUGGAGAAUAAUGAUGAUGAUGGCCUGUUCGCGGCUUCUUGGUGUACACGCCUCGGAGGGGGAUGGCUGGAGGGAAUUCUAUGCUUGCUUUCUGAGCCGCAGCGGGCUCCAUCUUCAAAAAUGUACUUGCUCUGGACUGUGGUCCACUUAGCCCCAGGCAGGGACGCCGUGCACCCACUCACAGCUCAUGCCAUCUCUGAAGCCUCGAGCUGA